ACGUCUGGAGCGCCUGGAGCAAUUCAUGUAUAUUUGGCGAUCGGUAGACAUGACAAAACCAGUGUUAUAUUCCUAUUUCCGAAGUUCUUGCUCUUGGAGGGUCAGAACUGCUCUUGCAUUAAAGGGAAUUGAAUAUGACACACAUGCUGUUCACUUGCUGAAAGAUGGAGGCCAGCAGUUUUCAGAUGAGUUUAAAAAGUUAAAUCCCAUGGGCUAUGUUCCUGCUUUGGUUAUAGAUGGACACACCCUUGCUGACUCACUGAGCAUAAUAGAAUAUCUGGAUGAAACAAGACCUGAUCCUCCCCUGCUACCUAGAGAUGACCCGUUCAAGAAAGCACUGGCAAGGCAAGUGAGCCAGACAAUAGCCAGUGGAAUACAACCGAUCCAGAAUCUUUCUGUACUGAAGUAUCUUGGUGAUGAGAGAAAGACAGAGUGGGGACAUCAUUGGAUAAACAAAGGAUUUUGUAAUCUAGAGAAAAUUUUGGAAAGGACAUCAGGGAAAUACUGUGUGGGAGAUGAGAUAACAAUGGCAGACUUGUGCCUGGUUCCUCAGGUGUACAAUGCAAACAGAAAAGUGGCCUAAAGAAAGCAUUUCCGGAGACGGGAUCGAUAUGGACUAAAUUCCUAGGCUGUACUCGUAUGCAAGUGGUUGUUUAACUGGGUGUACGAGUGGCGUAGAUGACCUCGCGUAAUUUACAUGUUGCUCGCAAUCAUCCAAUCAUCAUUUUCCUGCGGUGCAUUAUUACGCUGAUGACACGCAGGUGUAUAUCCCAUUCCGCCCAAAUGACACUUGAUCAAUUUAAUGCUGCGGAGUUACUGGAAAGAUGCAUUAAUGACUUCUUGCUUGGAUGGUACAUGACAAGCUAAAAGUAAAUGAUGAAAAGACUGAACUUCUUAUUAUCGGUACACCGCAACAGCUUCAUAAGGUAGUUAUCACUCAUAUUCGCGUGGGCAAUACCAACUUUCACCCUGUGCCUAACUCUAGGAACCUUGGCUCAUCAUUUGAUGCCAAUAUGUCUAUGUCGGAUCAUAUUUCAAAAACUUGUAAAUCAUCCUUCUACUAUUUGUAUUACAUACGUCGGAUCCUGAGGUAUCUCUCCAAACAGUCAACGGAGUCACUUAUUCAUGCUUACAUAUCUAGUCGUCUUGACUAUUGUAACAGUUUAUUGUAAGGGCUGAUAGUUUCUAAAGAAACUGUUUGGGGCUGCGUCGGUGGGGGUAACGAAAUAAUUUGGA